AUGAAUUUGAUCAUGAAUGGUGUAACAAUGUUACUACUUGCGCUAUCAAGCUUCAGAGAAAAUAACACAGGAAGCAGAUUCGGUGUAAGUCUAGUAGACAACGAUGUGGUAGAAAUAAGCAAACUAAAAUAUGACAAGAUAGAAGGCGAUAUAAAAAGAUUGCACUUCGUAGUAAAAAAAAGUGAUAAUGACGCUUGCAAUAGAAGUUCAGAGAAAUGGAAAAUCACAACUAAGCUUCAUAUCACUGGAGGCAAUGUAGAUCAGAUAAAGAAUUCUGCUGAAGAGUCUGAAAGUCCAGCUGUAAACCCAGAGAAUAAAAGAGGCGAAGAAAGAGGUUGUAUGAUGAACAUAGACAAGUCUACAAUACCGGUACAAAUUCUAAAGGACUUGCUAAUAAAAAUAUCAAGCGAAGACUACUACUACCAGGAAAUGUGCGAUUUCUUCAUGUCUAUAAUAUUUUCGCAGGUUCUACACAAUGGAAAUACAGACACAAAAAAGAUACAGAAGGAUUGCCUGCUGAUGUACGAAAAAUUUCAGCGCCCUUACUUAAAAGAUAACUACAAAUUGGCCAGAGACUUCGAUGCUAUUGUAAAAGAGCUUCCAGACUACCAAAACGAAAGAGUUAUGGGAGAAGACCCUACUGUUAUUGCCGGAAUAACUGAGUAUACUCACACGCUAUUGUGGUUUAAUAGAAUGUUUAAUUUCGACGAUCUAACAUACAUCUACGCAUACUUCAUAGAGUCAGAAGACCUGCACACACCUUAUAUGUUUCUGCUGUCUGCAGUCGAUAUAGUCAGAAAAUACGAGCAUACAAAAGAAUUUCCUUUUGAAACGCUUGGAGAGGAAAAAAUAAAAGAAUUGAUAGAGAAAAGCAAAGAGCUAGACAAAAAAUAUAGAAAAGAUUUCAUCAGACAUCGGAUGAGCAAUGCUCAAUGGAUAUUUGAAGGACUGAAAACUCUACUGUAUAGCUUCAAGAGAACUGUUAAAUUUUUUAUGAAGUAUGUAUUCAGACGGUAG